GGUGUGUAGUUCUAUGAUUUUUUUUUACUUUCGUAAUUAGUGCAUCUUCCCAUAACACAAGACGGCAUUUUAAUGUUGUACCUAUAUCAAAUUGUAAGCAAUUCUGUCAAUAACAAACGCGUGUGUACCGUUUUCGUAUCGAGAGAGCGACUACGACAAAAGGAACCAAUUGACUCAAUUUAGGCGAUUGAUUUUCUGCGCGCUAGUGAUAUAUCUACCUCUUUUAAUACUAUAAUAUUAUCAUUGAGUUACGAGGCAAUUUUAAAUUGAGAUAUUUACUGUAAGAGUAAAAAUAUUAUUUCAUCUUUGUGUCUUUGUCUUACGCUCUUAGGCUAAAAUGUUUGCUUACAUUUUAUGUUAUUGUUUCCAAUGCUCGUAAUCUAAGUAGGUAUCUAACUAUAAACUAUGUGAUAAAACAAUGUUUGUUGAACAUUAUAACUCAUCGAAUUAAAGUCGUGCCCGUGAUUCAUUAAAAUUAUUACAAAUCUACUUUGAAACAGCAGCAAUCGCCAAUCAGUCAUUUACAAGAAUUAUAUGGAUUAUUAAUAUGAAAUCGUACAUUCAUUUAUCCUAUUUUUGUGUGCUUUUGGUAAAAAUAAACAUAAUCACCGCUCAAAAAUAUGAUUGUGGGUACUGCCAGCCGGAACAAGUUCAUAUUGCAUUUGGAUCCAAAAGUAACGACAUAGUUGUAACAUGGACCACAUUCAACGACACGCACGAGUCGCGUGUGCAGUACGGUGCCGGAGCGCUGGACGAAGAGGCGAGCGGUGGCCGGAGCCGCUUCGUGGACGGCGGACGACUGCGCAGGAGCAUGUGGAUACAUCGCGUCACGCUGGCGGAUCUCCGAUACGAUACUAAAUAUGUGUACCACGCGGGGUCAGUGUACGGCUGGUCGGAGAAGUUCUCGUUCAAGACUCCGCCGCGAGGGGAUCAGUGGAUGGUGCGCGCUGCCAUCUACGGAGACAUGGGCAACAAGAAUGCACACUCACUGUCGUACUUGCAAGACGAGGCGGAGCGCGGCCACUUCGACGUGAUCCUCCACGUGGGAGACUUCGCGUAUGACAUGGACACAGACAACGCGCUGGUGGGCGACGAGUUCAUGCGCCAGAUACAGCCCCUGGCCGCCCUGGUACCCUACAUGACCUGUCCCGGCAAUCACGAAGCUGCUUAUAACUUCAGCAACUACAGGAGCCGGUUCUCGAUGCCUGGCCCCUACGAAAGCAUGUUCUACAGCUUCGACCUGGGCCCCGUGCACUUCGUGUCUAUCUCCACCGAGUACUACUACUUCCUGGAGUUCGGGCUCAAGAUGCUCUCCACUCAGUUCCAGUGGCUGGACCGAGAUCUUCGCGAAGCGAAUAAACCGGAAAACAGAGCGCGCCACCCAUGGAUUAUCUUGUACGGUCACCGGCCCAUGUACUGCAGCAACUCGGACGACAUCGACUGUAGCGUGGAGUACACCAGGAAGGGGCUGCCAUUGUUCGGGGCGUUCAGUCUGGAGCCUCUGCUGCAGCAGUACGGAGUGGACGUGGUGAUCUGGGCGCACGAGCACUCGUACGAGCGAACCUGGCCUCUCUACGACUCCAAGGUGUACAACGGAUCAGUCGACCAGCCCUACCGCAACCCUGGCGCAACAGUUCACUUGGUCACGGGGUCGGCUGGCUGCCAGGAAGGCCGGGACCGUUUCAAACAUGAGGGGAUGCCGUGGUCCGCGUUCAGGUCCCAGGACUACGGCUACACCAGGUUCAAGGCGUACAAUGACACCCAUCUCAACUUCGAGCAGGUAUCGGUCGACCUUGGCGGCCAAGUCAUUGAUCAAUUCUGGCUCAUCAGAAAUAUCAGCAGAAUCCCAACAAUUACACACGACCGACGCACCUAUCUACACUGAUAAUAAAAUAAGUGCCUGUAUGAAAACUUUUUAACCAAACAUUUUACUAGUGGGAGGCUCCUUUGCACAGGAUGCCGCGGCCGGCUAGAUUAUGGGUACCACAACGGCGCCUAUUUCUACCGUGAAGCAGUAAUGUGUAAGCAUUACUGUGUUUCGGUCUGAAGGGCACCGUAGCUAGUGAAAUUACUGGGCAAAUGAGACUUAACAUCUUAUAUCUCAAGGUGACGAGCGCAGUUGUAGUGCCGCUCAGAAUUUUUUGGGUUUUUCAAGAAUCCUGAGCGGCACUGCAUUGUAAUGGGCAGGGCGUAUCAAUUACCAUCAGCUAGACGUCCUGCUCGUCUCGUCCCUUAUUUUCAUGAAGAAAAAAAAACACUGUGACCACUUAAAAGGUACCGUACGCUCGUUCUUCCUCCUUUUCCAUAAAAAAAGAACACUUGAAAUAGUCCUUUUUCAAAGACAGUGGGUAGAAACGUGAUAAUUGGGCACCAAGAGGGUAAAUUUAUCGUCGUUUCGAAUAAGUAUUAAAUAUAUUGUUAUCUAGCACCAAUGCAAUGGUACAGGCUGUGCGGCAAAUUAUUACCUGUAAGUAACAUCAGCUUAUUAUGGUUUUUAGGAGGACAUACCAGCAUGUAGGUACAUCCAAGUGGUGGGGGUGGAAUUUACGGUGUACAAAAUCUGCGGGGUACAUUAUGAAACUUUUAAUAUAAACUGUUUCUUAUUUUUCCAUUUCAUCACAGCUGUAUAACAAUAUAGUCAAUUUAUUGCCGAGGGUGAAAAAAGAUAUUUAAUGAAACAAUAAACAAUAUUUUUAUUUUAAUAAACACAAAUAAAAAGAGCGCGCGGGUCUCUCCCUAGUAGGUAUGUACCUGGGCCUUUCCGGUCAUACAAUAGUGUUGAAGUUACAUUUAACCAUAAAUCAUUAUCAGCUGUAAUAUCUAGUGUGCUGCCUGUACAGUGACAGGCGGAUAACAGGAUGAAUAUAAUAGGUAGCUUCCCUGGUAAUACUUCAAAAUUAACAAAAACCUUUAUCAAAUCUAAUAAAAUAUAAGAAUAUAUACUUACUGGGUGGCCGAGAAGUUGACGUCCAAAGCUAAAAUUUGAAUUUGGCUCAUUUUAUUGGCCAAUGUUCUGGGAAGUUUUUAAAAAUAGAAGUCAUAGGCUCCCAAUAGGUAAAUUUAUUUAUUUUUUGAUACCUCGGAACAUUUUCAUGAAUUUAGCUGGAGCAGUUAUCUUGAACUUACGACUCAAUUUCUAAACUAGUUCCGCACUGUCUAAACUAUUCAUAGUUUCUUAUGUGGUUAUUGCAACUGUAGUAAAUAAUUAUCAACAAUAAAAUUAACUAAAAGUGUUCAAAAAAAUUAGAAAAAAGUCCUAAACCACAAUUACGCGAAAGCGGAUAAAAGGGGAAAAAAAUCAUUAUCUCCUAAACUACGCAAAAUCGUAGAACAUACAUAGAUUCGGAUACUCAUCACUAUGAGGCUUUUAAAUUUUAGCUUUGGACGUCAACUUCUCGGCCACCCUGUAUAACAAAAUAUGUUUGCAGAGCACUACACCCAGAGUCUUUGCCCCACAGUCCCUUUUACCAACUUACAGGUACGGUUGUUAGUUUAAUUAACUAAUACAUUAUUCAUACUCUAUACGAAAAUAAAUUGAAACAGAAAUAAAACGAACCUUAGUCUAAAUUAACUAAUUAUUCAUAAAAUAAACUUACAUAUUUGUCAUUAAUUUUUUUUAUUAAA